AUGUCUGCCCAAAUCAGCAAAAAGCGCAAGUUCGUGGCUGACGGUGUCUUCCGCGCCGAACUUAACGAAUUCUUCACCCGCGAGCUUUCCGAGGAGGGUUACUCUGGUUGUGAUGUCCGUGUCACCCAUGCUCGCACUGAGAUCAUCAUCCGUGCCACCCACACCCAAGAAGUCCUCGGUGAAAAGGGCCGCCGCAUUCGUGAGCUCACCGCUCUCGUCCAAAAGCGUUUCAAGUUCCCGGAGAACUCUCUCGAGCUCUACGCCGAGAAGGUCCAAUACCGUGGUCUUUCCGCCGUUGCUCAGUGCGAGUCGCUUAGAUACAAGCUCCUCGGUGGUCUCGCCAUCAGGAGGGCAUGCUAUGGUGUUCUCCGCUUCGUUAUGGAGUCAGGCGCCAAGGGUUGUGAGGUCGUUGUCUCCGGCAAGCUUCGUGCUGCCCGUGCCAAGUCCAUGAAGUUCACCGACGGUUUCAUGAUCCACUCCGGUCAACCCGCCCGCGACUUCGUCGACUACGCCGUGCGCCACGUCCUUCUCCGCCAGGGUGUCCUCGGAAUCAAAGUCAAGAUCAUGAAGGGUUGGGACCCUGAAGGCCAGCUCGGCCCCAAGAAGCCUCUUCCCGACUCCGUCCAGAUCCUCGAGCCUCCUGUCGACAAAAUCGUCUCAGAGCCGUCUUCCGAGCAGCGCGAGCCUGCUAUCCCCGUGCAGCCAAUACCUCAAGCUCCAGCCGCCGAGGAGUCCGCGUACCAGGCCCAGGAGCCAUCGUACGAGGCUCAGCAGCCCUACAGCGAGCAGCCCGCGACUUUCUGA